GUCCCAGGGAGCGUGUGAGAGGGUUUGGCUCCCGCUGACGAUGCGCUUCUGUCUACUGUUAUUUAUGACGGAAUUGUUUGGAUUAAUUAUCAUUCACAGCAUAGACAGGUGUAAACUGAUCUCUAAUAGUUCAGUUAAUACUCAUGACAGUCUUUAUUUCUACCUGAGUUGGAUCAUCUAGUUACCGGUGAAGGCGUGAAGGCAGGCAAGAUGUCAGAGGACUAUGGGAACUUGACACUGAGUGAUGAAGACAGUGAGGAAGACGCCCAUCCACACCACUACGCCCUCAGACAGCCCACAGAAUUACAGCCGAUGGUUGUUUGUGGCGCCGACCAUACCUGCUCGCUUGUGACCAAGGGUAGCUCCCAGCCUCACAAUGGUACAGUGUCCAAAUGGACCAACUAUAUACAUGGCUGGCAGAACCGGUACAUGGUGCUGAAGGAUGGCACCAUGAGCUACUACAGGAACCAUGAUGAGACAGCAUUUGGCUGUCGAGGAUCUAUAAGUGUUCACAAAGCUCAUGUUAAGCCUCACGAGAUAGAUGAAUGCCGAUUUGACGUUUGUUUGAAUGACUGUGUGUGGUACCUGCGGACUAACACAGAAGAGGAGAAGCACCAGUGGGUUGAUGCUAUUGAGCAGCACAAGUAUUUGGAAAGUGAGGGUCUUCGGCGACAUGGAAGCACCAUCUCACUCACCUCCAACACCUUCUCCACAACGUCUGGCUCUUCACUUAAGAAAUCAAAAGGGUUGAAAGAGAAGUUAGCAGAGCUUGAGACCUACCGAGAUAUUCUCUUAAGGCAGAUGGACACUUUACAGUCAUAUUUUGAUGUUUGUGCUGACACUGCCAAGGAUUUGAAGAACACUGAUGCCACAUGUAAUGGCCAUGAUACAGAGCAAGAUGGUGCUGUUGAACUAGCUGUGGCUGCUGAAUGUGGCUUUGGAGAAUCUCCUAAAGCUGGGGGCAGGAAAUUUUCACCUGAUCAUCAUCCUCACCCUCAUGUGAACAAAGAAUCUCUGCAGAAACAUGGGGCUUAUGCAUUAGAUUUCCGUGGAGAAGCUCUUACUUUCAAGGCAACAACAGCUGGGAUCCUGACCACCUUAAGUCAUUGUGUUGAAGUUAUGAACCAACGUGAAGAGUCAUUCAAGAGGCGACUGGAACGUGAGGGAGAAAAGCGUAAACGAUUGGAGGAGAGGCUAAAGUAUGCUCUUGCUGACAAUGCACAAGAAAAACCAAAUGCAAGAAGAAUGGUAGUCAUGGGAGGACCAGAUUAUGAGGAAGGGCCACACAGUGUAAUAGGAGAAGACGAAUUCUUUGAUGCUGUGGAAUCUGCUUUGGACAAAAUGGAUGAAGAAGAGGAAUUCAGGGAACGCCUACGACAGAAACAGUUGGCAGCUCCUCAGAAACCUGCAGCCACACAUCCUCUCUGGCCACAGAUUGAGAAACUAACAAUGGAGCAGCUAGGUUAUGCUCAACAAGGUGUUGAAGGAGGGAUAUGGCAAAUCUUUGCUGAGGAAGGCGAGAUGAAGAUGUAUCGGCGUGAACUAGAGGAAGAUGGGUUGGUUGUUGAUCCUCUCAAAGCUGUGCAUCAAGUACGAGGAGCAACAGCACACGAGAUGGCUCACCACUUUUGGUCACCUGAUGUUAGAUUUGAAUGGGACACUAGUAUUGAACAAAUGACAGUUCUGGACAGGAUAUCGGAUGAUACACUGAUUUUCCUGCAGCUACAUAAGAGAGUCUGGCCAACAGCACAGCGUGAUGCUCUCUUCUGGUCACACAUACGACAGAUACCCUCCACGGAUCCGGCCAAUGGAAAUGCUCAUGACACGUGGAUCGUUUGUAACCAAUCCACAGAACACCCAGAUGCUCCAAAUGAUGGGAAAUGCGUUCGUGUGGACCUUACUGUAUGUUUUGUGUGCCAAACUUUCAUUGAGCCUCCACCUGCAGAGGGUGAACCUGUGACACGAGACAAUCUUCUGACAAAGAUAACAUACUGCUCUGUAG